GACGAGCUGCGAUGAUUGUUUCUGAAAGAGCUUUUGAGUUUUGUUUUACUUUGGAUUUACGUUUCGGUCAUUAAGAGGGAUUUUUCUCUAUUUCUUGGUCUUUCUUUUCUUUUCAGGACUGUUUUGUCCGAUCGGUGAUUCAAUUUUCUGGCGUUGACGCACUGACGUGUUUUUUUGCUUUGUACAUCACGUUCGUUGUUCAACUUCAAUCAGCUUCAAUUCUGUACGUGAUCCAGGAAUAUUCUGGCAUUUAUAAGCUGGAUUUAUAAGUUGCGUGAUUGUGGUUCCCAUCGAGGUACCACUGACGAUCAUUAUGUUCCCGGCCUUUGUCUUGUCUUCUUGGGUCUACCUUCUUUGGUGAUCGAUUGUGGACCCUUCGUCAGCGAAGUCGACAUUUAAUUGUUUCCGUCUAUUAUUAUUAUUCUGGUUAUGUCAGUGGAGGGCUUACUAAAAACGAUCGCUUCGAUCUAGGAUGUCCUUAUUCAAACAUGUGCGAACUCGCCAAGUUAGCAAAACAUUCCUUAAUGAAUCGUUUGUGACGGAUCUCACAUCACGACACAUACCUGCCUUGUUGAAAGAAAGAGAACUUUCAUUGGGAAGGACAGAUAAAGUUUUCGCAUCACAGUGGCUAGACGACAAGAAAGUAGUUUGUGGUACAAAAUCAAAUGAGCUUCUUGUGCUGGACAUGUUAUCAGACAGGAGUUUCUCCAUUCCUGUUUUGGAGGGAAGCCCUAACAGUGAGAUUCCUGAAUCCAACUGUGGAAUACACAGUAUAAGAAUAAGUCCUGCAAGAACAUUGUUAGCUACAAGUGGUCAAAACCCAAAUCAUUUGGCAGUGUACAGAUUACCAACAUUUGAUCCAAUGUGUGUAGGGGAGGGACAUACUGACUGGAUAUUUUCUGUGGAGUGGAUUGAUGAUUUUCACUUAGCAACAGGAUCAAGAGAUGGUAGCAUUGCAUUAUGGUGUGUUCAGGAUUCAGCCAGCCUUUCAGGAGAUAACCAGUUUAAACUUUGUGUCAAAUCCCCUGCCAACAAACUCUGCAGUGCUCUACCUCAGGCCUAUGGCAAAGACAAGAUAAGAGACCUUGUCUAUGAGAGAAACUCACAGACUCUAGUUGCUUUAUCUGCACGUGGAUAUGUACAGCUCUGGGACAUGAAUACAUGCCAAGUGAAAAGUGCAUUCUCACUGAAAUAUCCCGUGGAAACAGUAUGUCUGGCACUGGAAAAAGACAACAAACUGUUUGCGGUUGGCUCUCAGUCACAUGUGUCUUUUUACGAACCAAGGUGUGGCACAGCUGUAGGAUAUAUUGGCUCACGUGACCCAGGAGCAGGUGUGCGUUCUUUGAGUUUCCGGGAUCUUCUCUUGACUGUUGGUACAGGUUUUGGGUCUUUGUUCUUCUUUGAUAUGAGAGCUUAUCAGUUCUUGGGACGAGCGGACAACGAUGCAAUGAUUUGCUUCAAGUCAGGAAAAGGCUGGCUGCGUGACGACCCGCAGGAUGCAUAUGACUACAUGUUUGAGCACACUCUGGUCUGCCGUAGCAAUGCUAUUUACACCCAUUGUUAUGAUCCUACUGGAACCAAACUCUUCGCGGCCGGGGGACCACUUUCCCUUGUCUACUACGGUAACUAUGCCGCCCUCUGGGAAUAACACGGAACCAUUGAAUUCCUGAAAUUGCUAAUCCUGCCGCCUCGGUAACAGAAUUUUCAUCCUACCAGCGUGCACUAUGAACUGGGAACAAAUGCGUCUUGACUGGAGCCCAUCGCACAAAGAAAUGCGUCCCUGUUAGACAGAGUGUGAAUUUACAAUUUACACUAAAAUCCGAUGGCAGCUUACCAUUGCUGUUCAAAUUAUCUUAAUGACCAGUUCCUCCGUAGAUGAAUUAUUGGCAGGAAUGGUUGAAACCUCAAGAAAUAAGGUUUUAAUUAUUACACACACCUUAGUCUUAUGGGGAUUUUUUUCUGAGUACUACAUAUAGCAGAUGAAAGGAACUUGGGUGAAGCUCAGACUCGAAGAAGUGACAACCGUUGAAUAAAUUUUUGCAGAAUUUCUAGACUACAAA